ACUUCUUCCCAAGGACGGCUGACAGAGGGGCCAGGACCCUGGCAGCGCUGGCCUCCUAAGUGCCCCCGCCUGCCCCCUCCUCCAGGCUGGCCUCAUGGAUUACCUGGGUGACAAACUCUCCGUGGCCCAGACACACAUGACUCAGUGGGUGGGCACAGUGAGACGAUCCUUCCAAGAGGCUCUGCAUGUCGUGUCGGCCGCGGUGGGCGCCGAGCGCAGCGGGGAGACUGCCGGCCGCCACCCGUUCAAGCGCGCCUCCUCCUUCCGACACCUGGCCUCUCGGAGCCGAGAGUCCUUCCGCCGCUUCUCCGCCCGCAGCCAACAGAGGUUCUCAUCCCUCAGAAAGAGACAGCCGGACUCCGAGGCCCCCGAUCUUAAUCAGCUGAAGCAAUGCUUCUCCAGGAGAACAGCCCAGCCCAAGGACACCGACACCCUCGUACACGAGGCCGACAGCCAGUACGGGACCUGGGCAGACCAGCACCAGAAUGGAGGGAGCUUUGGCCCCGAGUCCCCAUCGUCUCCCGACAGUAGUGCUGCUUCUGCCGGGAAGCAGGCACCAAGCAGCCACUUGUCCUCAUACACGGAGUCCACAUCCGUGGAUCAGCAUGACAGCUCCAGGGACCGGCGCAGCUCCAGCGUGGACCGCUCCAGUUCCGAGCUGGAGUCCACAGAAGGCCCCGAAGGGCCACCUCCAUCAGACGUUUGCCCGGCAGAGAGAGAAGACGACUUUUCCUUCAUCCAUCAAACCUCAGUCCUAGACUCAAGUGCCCUGAAGACCCGGGUUCAGCUGAGUAAGCGAAGCCGCCGCCGGGCUCCCAUCUCCCACAGUCUCCGCCGCAGCCAGUUCAGCGAGUCUGAGAGCUGGUCCCCUUUGGAAGAGGAGUCGCACAGCACAUGGAUGUUCAAGGACUCAACAGAAGAGAAAUCGCCCAGGAGAGAGGAGUCGGAUGAAGAGCCGCCCAAGGUAGAGAGGACCCCUGUCAGCCAUCCACAGAGGAUGCCCGUGUUCCCAGGCAUGGACCCAGCCGUGCUGAAGGCUCAGCUGCACAAGAGGCCGGAAGUGGACAGUCCUGGCGAGUCCUUCAGCUGGGCACCUCAGCCCAAGACCCCUAAGUCUCCCUUCCAGCCUGGGGUGCUGGGCAGUCGGGUGCUGCCUUCCAGCAUAGACAAAGAUGAGAGGUCGGAGGAGCCCUCACCCCAGUGGCUAAAGGAGCUGAAAUCCAGGAAGAGGCAGAGCCUGUAUGACAAUCAAGCUUGACCAGAUGGGCUAUCACUACACCCAUAAACUCAAGCCUUAACCGCCAGACGUCAGAACCGGAGGCCAAGCCACCCGCUCGCUCCUUCCCGGCCAAGCUCAUGUGCCUGGGCCUUUCUGCCCCGAAGACACAGUGCUGAGCAUCAUCUGGGUCCCCACAGGAAGGAGGACCCUGCCCCGGGACACGCUCAGUCUCCAGAAGGAUCUUCUAGAGCUCCUUGCAGGAGCGAAUUGGCCUUUGGUGUGACAGUUGGCCUUCCUGCUCUGCACACACCUCACAGGAGGAUUUCCUCAGCCCCCAAGGCAGCCCUUCUGGAAGGACUUGGACAAGCAAGCUUGAAUGACUCUCAGAUGGCAAGGGUCACUGUCCAAAAUUACACUGGUGUCUCCUGGUUUUGAUUUUUUUUUUUUUUUUUUUUUUUUUUUGGGACAGGCUCUUCCUUACCCACUUAGAUCCAUUGAUGUUUAUAUGCACACAGUCCCCCCUCCCCGUUGUCCAUGCACUGACCCUGCCCGUGGGGCUGUGUGCACAAGUGGCCUGUGUCCCGCCAUUUUCACGUCUGCUUUAGAGGGUGACAAAGCAAUAAUGCAGCCAAUUUUCCUAGAAACUGGACAACGCGCAUCUAUUUUAAAAAGCACUGACAGACACACGGAAGGCGUGGACAGUGUCUAGUUGCCUCAGGUUACCUGAUCCCUGUCCACGCCUAUGAAAGCUUGUGAGUUUUCCCCUUGUCCACGUCUGGGUUGCUCUGGUUUCUGUGGGGUACCUUUGCCCCUCGGUCCCAAGUGUUAUGAACUCAGUCCGAAUGGUCAAGUGCCUUGGCCACUCGUAUACCAGACCCAACCUGGGUGUCAUCUCUUCCUCAUUUUUUCUGAAUAUGUGUGUCCUGCUGCAGUGAAGAUCACACUAAGUCAGCUCAGAAGGGAUGCAGCCCCACCCCGGGCAUCUGUGACCCACCCGGCCGAGUGAUAGUCGAGGUCUGUCUGGAUGUCGAUCUAACGGAAAGCCUCCUGUAGUGGGGAUUGGGCCACAGGGUCUGUGGUGUUCUCCCUUGCUUUCUGCUAGCUGAGUGCUCACUCCUGGGAGUCUCAAGCCUCCUGUACUCACAACACCCACCUGUCUUACUUCCUUUUGAAGUCCUCGAGGUAUCAUCUGAAGCUCCAGCACCAGCGGUCACCCCAGACAUCCAGGCCGGCCACCCACUGUGCCAGCAGCUUUCAGAGACCUUUUUCCAACCUUGCCUUGGUGACAUAUUUGUGCAGUUCCAAGGUGGUCUGUGGAUGGCUGUGGAGGACCUUGGGUCGUUGUUCUGACAGAUGCCUGCCUGGAAUCUGUGCCCGACACUGCCCUGACCUCCUCUUCGGGCAAAAGUCGUUCUCUGUAAAUCCAUUACUUGCAAA